AUGACCACCGUGACCAGUCCCGCUCCGUGCCAGCUGCCCAACCCACCGCCCAAGCCCUCCAUCCGGGAUGUGGUCCCUGUCACCCUGCGCUUGGAGUACAAGGGUCGUCGCAUCGCGGACAAGUUCCUGUGGAACAGCGGGGAGGAGCAGGCCGUGGUGGCGGAGUUUGCCCGCACUUUUUGCCAGGACCACGGCUUGUUCGCCUGCCACGCACCCACGCUGGCCGCAGAGCUUUCCCGGCAGGUGAGGGCGUGGCUGGUAGCCCUCCCCCCCGCCAGCACGGAGCAUGAGCCGGCCCCGGCCCCCGACCUGCAAACCAUCAGGCUAGACUGCAUCGUGGGCAACGUCCGGCUGCAGGACCGGUUCCAGUGGGACGUCUCGCGCAUCGAUCCCCAGGGCCCCGAGAUCUUCGCGCAGGGCCUGUGCCGCGAUCUGGGCCUGCAUGGCCCCUGGCCCAUCGAGGUGGCCAUCGCGGUCCGCCACCAAUUGGCGCUGCUGGCGCGCCAGGGGGCGGCCGCCGCGGUGGGAGGCGAGGGCAAUGUGCGGACGGCGGGCGGCGGGGGAGCGGCGAGCGGCGGGGAGGCGGCGAGCGGCACCACCCCACCCCACGUCGAGCACGAGGAGCCGGGGGAGUGGGGCCCGCGCGUGACGGUGCUGACGCGGGAGGAGCUGGCGGCGCUGAUCUCGGCCCGGAGCGAGGCGAGCCGGGGGGCCGGCGCCUCGGCCACGGCAUCGGACGGCUCGAGGCGGGGCCCUGGCCAGAGCCAGGGCCAGGCGUCGCCGGGGCAGGAAGGCCCGUCCCUGGGCGCGUCCCCCGCGCUCAGCGGGCGCCAGCUGCGCAAGCGUCACCACAUGUAG